CCCCCCGGUUUCCAAAUUCCCAUCCAUUUUCCCAGAGUUCAUUUUCUCUCCAACUCUACCUUACCUUAUCCUCAAUCUUUCCCCUCCCACCCUCCUCUUCGGCCCGUUAUCAGAGUUCAAUCCCACAGGAACCCUCCCCAUCCAAUUGAGAGCCAACACUUGCCCCUUCAGUUCGUCUGUUAAGGCACUCCAAAAAUGCUCCCCUGGAGAACCAUCGCACCCCGAGCCGCGAGGCGUGCCGCUUCUGCAUUCGGAGCAUCAGCACCACAACCACCCCGCCUCACGACAUGUGGCACCUUCGGAUCCGCGAGUAGACACCUCUCCGCAACCGCCGCCGCCCGCCAGCCGCAGCUCAACGCAAAAGUCGUAAACGACGGCGUGCAAAUCGACGGGCUGACGGGUGUAUCUACCCGUAGAUCGACGCUCCCCCAUUUCUGGCUAAGAGACAACUGUCGAUGCAGCAAAUGCGUGAACCAAGAUACCACGCAGCGAAACUUUGACACAUACGCCAUUAGCCAAGACAUCCGACCCUCUGAAAUCAAGUCUGAAGAAAAGGGUAUCAAAGUGACAUGGGGGCAAGACGGCCACGAGAGCUUCUACCCCUGGCACUUCAUCAAGCACUACCUGCAAAAUGACCACCGGAGUCCAGAGCAAGUCAACUACCACUUCUGGGGUUCCGACGUGGGCUCCAGACGCCCCGUCGUCGAGUACAACCACCUCAUGACCAAGAACGACGACUCGGGCGUCGCAAAGUUGACAAAACUCAUCCGCGAAUACGGCUUCGCCUUCGUCGACGGAACCCCCUACGACACCCCAGCCCCAACACAGCGCGUCCUCGAACGAAUCGCCUUCAUCCGCGAGACGCACUACGGCGGCUUCUACGACUUCGUCCCGGACCUCGCCAUGGCCGACACGGCCUACACCAACAUCGCCCUCCCAGCGCACACGGACACGACCUACUUCACCGACCCCGCCGGCCUGCAAGCCUUCCACAUGCUCUCCCACGAAGCUCCUCCGCCAGGGAAGGAGCAGCAGCAGCAGGAGCUCCCCCAAGACAGCAAGCUCGGAGGGGAAUCACUCCUCGUGGACGCCUUCUACGCGGCGCAGAUUCUGCAAAAGGAGGAUCCGGCCGCGUACGAGAUCCUCGCCAAGGUGCGCCUGCCCUGGCACGCGAGCGGCAACGAGGGCAUCACCAUCUCCCCCGACAAGCGGUACCCCGUGCUCGAGGUCGACCCGCAGACGCGGACGCUGCACCGGGUGCGGUGGAACAAUGACGACCGCGGCGUGGUGCCCUUUUCCGACGACGUUUCGCCGACGGAGUGGUACGCGGCGGCGCGCAAGUGGGAUGCCAUUCUCCGGAGAUCCGACGUUGAGUUUUGGUGGCAACUGAAGCCCGGCCAGGUUUUGAUCUUUGACAACUGGCGUGUGAUGCACGGUAGGAGUGCGUUUGAGGGCAGAAGACGCAUCGCCGGUGCCUAUAUCAACCGGGACGACUUUGUCUCCCGUUGGAGAAACACAAACUUCCCUCACGAGCAGGUCCUGAACCAGGUUGUUGGCUAGACGGAACGCAUGACAAGGUGUCAAACUUUUUGGGUAGGGUUGCAUUGGCAUGUGAAGGGAGCAAAUGGUUCGCGAGUAAAGGCGCAAAGAGGAAACCGUUGAAAUCAAUUUCAUCCGUUCAAUCGUCAAUCGUUGCGUUUGGCCGACGACCCGCGCCGGUUUGGCUUCGUUUCGUUUCUGGCAGCCCAGGUCUCAUGUCCAUCGUGUGCCCCCCGCGAUGUCCCCUGUAGUUUUAAAAGCGGCUGUAGUGUAGAAGCGCGCCAGUCGAGUCAAGGCGGGGGAUGUGCGUUUAGCCCCGAUGACCCCCGCGAUUCAGGACCUUGGUCCAUUGAGCAAACCAGCCGUGGACACUGGAAUUGACAUUUCGCAUCUUGAGAAACUUGGACACGGCCCAGUUCCAGGAACAAUGCGACCCGAAUCGCCCCGAAGGCCGGGACCCCAUGGCACCAGGUUCCCCCCCCACAAGAACCUGGAAGUUCUGGAACCCC